ACCGGAAGCCAAUAACUAAGGUCGUCAGACCUAACCUAUCAAGCCAUGCGUUCCACGGGACCCGGAAGUGGCAUGUAGGUCAGAAAGAAUAUGCGGUGAUGGUCGGUGAGGGGAAUUAGCGGUGCUGUGUACACAGGCGGUGUGUGAUGAAUACACGGUGACAGGAGUCGGUGAUGUGUGUGUUGUAGCAGGCUGUGUAAUGAAGGAUGGCACUGCCAGCCAUACAGGGCACCGGCUACCAGCUCCGGAGGAUGCUCACCUAUUUCCCCCAGGAUAUCAGCCUCGCCUUCGCCUAUGGAUCGGCGGUGUUCAGACAGACGGGGGCCUCUCACAGCCUUACCAAUAACAACAUGCUGGACUUUGUGUUUGCAGUUGAUGACCCUGUCACAUGGCAUACCAUGAAUCUAAUGCAGAACCGGAGUCACUACUCAUUCCUGAAAUAUCUGGGGCCCAAACAAAUCGCUAAUGUCCAAAAUAAGUAUGGAGCCGGAGUUUAUUAUAACACGCUGGUUCCAUGUGAAGGCAAGGUCAUCAAAUAUGGGGUUGUCAGUACCGAUACUCUUAUUGAAGACUUACUUUACUGGAAGACUUUGUACAUUGCUGGUCGUUUACAUAAACCGGUGAAGAUCCUAGUACAGAAGGAGAAUAAUCAGCUGCGCACUGCGCUGAACGCCAACCUGAAGAGUGCGGUCAUUGCCGCUUUCCUUAUGUUACCCGAAAGUUUUUCUGAAGAGGAGCUCUACCUGCAGAUCGCUGGCCUCUCUUAUUCAGGUGACUUCCGCAUGAUAAUUGGUGAAGAUAGAAGCAAGGUGAUGAAUAUCGUCAAACCAAACAUUGGCCAUUUCCAGAAGCUGUACAGUGGCAUACUCCAGGAGUGUCCUCAGGCUGUUUAUAAACCUACAUUGGGUAAAGUAGAGGUAGAUAAAAGCCCAGAGGGCCAGUUUCUCCAACUAAUGAAUCUGCCAAAGACUUUACAGCAAAAAAUAACGGCUUUUGUGGAUCGGCCGGGUAGGAAUCGAGACGUAGAAGAGGUUUUGUUACAAGUAGCUCUGGACCCCGACUGCGGCAUUGUGGUGCAGCAAGCUAUUUUUGGCAUUGUGAAAUCGUUCAGUUUGACUCAGAGCACCAAAGGGAUAUUUACUGCUGGAGUCAAAAAAACCAUUUCAUACAGUGCAAAGAAACUCUACAAAAUGAUAAAGAGUCUGCGACGACAAUCCUCGUGAUCAUUUUUACUAUUUUACGUCUAUUUAUGUUCGAUUUUCAUUCAUUAAUGUAUACCAAAAGGCAAAACAUU